AUGGAAGGCUCCAAUGGCUUUGGGAUCGACUCCAUUCUCUCCCACCGUGCGGGCAGCCCCGCCCUUCCCAAGGGGGACCCCUUGCUUGGGGACUGCCGUUCACCCCUGGAGCUGAGUCCUCGCUCAGAGAGCAGCAGCGGCUGCUCUUCACCAGCCUCGCCGGGAAGGGACUGUCUGGAGACCGGCACCUCGCGGCCUGGUGGGGCAUCUGGCCCAGGCCUGGACUCCCACUUGCAGCCAGGACAGCUCUCAGCUCCAGCCCAGUCCCGAACCGUCACCUCCUCCUUUCUGAUCAGAGACAUACUUGCUGACUGCAAACCUCUCGCGGCCUGUGCACCCUACUCCAGCAGCGGGCAGCCCACAGCCCCUGAGCCUGGGGGCCGCCUUGCGGCCAAGGCCGGGGAGGACUUUAGGGACAAGCUGGACAAAGGUGGCAGCAACGUCUCAUCAGACUCUGAGUAUAAAGUGAAGGAGGAAGGCGACCGUGAGAUCUCCAGCUCUCGGGACAGUCCCCCCGUGCGCCUGAAAAAGCCACGGAAGGCACGCACGGCUUUCACCGACCACCAGCUGGCACAGCUGGAGCGCAGCUUCGAGCGGCAGAAAUACCUGAGCGUGCAGGACCGCAUGGAGCUGGCCGCCUCGCUCAACCUCACCGACACGCAGGUCAAGACCUGGUACCAGAACCGCAGGACCAAAUGGAAGCGACAGACGGCCGUGGGGCUGGAGCUGCUGGCGGAGGCAGGCAAUUACUCGGCACUCCAGCGGAUGUUCCCGUCGCCUUAUUUCUACCCACAGAGUCUGGUAUCCAAUCUGGACCCCGGCGCCGCGCUUUACCUGUACCGCGGCCCGAGCGCACCGCCGCCCGCCCUCCAGAGACCUCUGAUGCCCCGAAUCCUCAUCCACGGACUCCAGGGCGCCAGCGAGCCGCCACCGCCGCUGCCCCCGCUGGCGGGCGUCCUCCCGCGCGCCGCGCAGCCGCGGUGAGGCGCCCGCUCGCCCCGGGCCGCGCUCCUGGGCCUUCCUGGGCGCUGGUCCCUUCCGCUGCCCCUGGGAAGGACUGCCCGGCUCUCCCUGGCGCCCCAGCCCGGUGUCCCCGAAGGGCCAAAUGCCAAAUGCCCUGAGGCUACUCCUCCCUGCGUCCUCCCUCCUGGCUGCUCCGUCUCGGAGCUACUUCCACCCGCUGGAUGUACAUACGCGUCUCUGCCCACCUCCCUCGCACCCCCCGAGUCCCUGCGGGCUCCCCAGGCACCCCGGUUCCCCAGCAGCAGGUGGGGUGACUCGCUUCUUCCUACUUCAUCCCCUGCUCAGCGGCAGGCCGGCCUUUCUCCCCGCACCUCUGCGGGGCAGGUUGGGAGGCGGUGCUGAGCUCCCAUCCCGGCUCCUUCAUUCGCUCUGCGCCUGGGCUGGCGGCGGAGCUGUACAUACAGUGUGCAAAGUGUAUAUGAAGUUAUUUAUUCGUGACCCAUGAGCCCGUAACCGUGUCCGUGAGUCAGUGAGUCUGUGGCCUGUGCCCUCCCCGUCCCGGGUGGGUCAGGAAGGGGCCCAGGGAGCUUGCCCACUCAUCCUGGGCCCCAGCCCCCACCUCCACUCUGGUCCGGGGGCAGCCAGAUCUCUUGGGUUCUCUUUUUUUAAUGUGGAAAUAAACUUCUUACAAAUGACCAAGCGCGUGUCCGCGCUGCCAUCCGUUGGUCCCCGCUCAGGCUCUCUCCCACCCCUUCGUAAGGAACUUCUGCAUCUCUCGGAUCAGUCUCCUUCGGGUCUCAAAAAGGAGUUCGGCCCCUGCUGGGUUCCUUCGUGCUGUGGUUGUGCGUAGGGGACCCCGACUGGACACCUAGGCUGGGGCAUCUUCUCCACAUUUCCAUAACGAGCCAAGCCCCGUAGCUCCCAGCCCUCCCUUCCUCUCCAUCUGGUCCCUCGCCGCUCCCACACGGUCUCGGGAGCCACGGGCGGGGUCGGUGGCGGGGGUCAGCGCCUGGCCUCCCUCCGCUGCGGGCCGGGCUGCGGUGCUCUCGCUGAGCCGACUUAUCUGGCCGAGACAAGGGCGCCGGCAGCUGGUGACCGGCCCUCCGGGCGCGGGGCCGACAGAUGGACUGCGAGGCUGCUCUCCCUCGCCCCACCCUCCUCCGCCCCGCGCCCCCAGUUCUGCCGCUCGGGCGCCACCGCAGCUCCUGGCCUCUCGUGCCAGGUAGGACCCCACCCGCAUUUGCGAGCUGACACCACAUCGGGUAACCCUUACUCUCCAUCCUCGACGCUCCGCCCCCACCUUGCCCUCGGAGAAAUAAGGGGUGUGGGAGGAACCAGAGAAGCCAACCCCAGGGUCUAGCCCACCCGGUUCCUUCCCCCUGCCCGCCUGUGGCUGAGAGAUCUCAGGGGAGCCAGACUGGGGAUCGUGUUCAAAGGGCAAGGUCACCAUUCCCUCUCCUGGGAUGUGGGCGCAGGUGCGCACCUCCCCACACCACCUGCAGCACACUGACUCCCGCGAUGGGAGAAAUGCUGGGAAGUUUGGGUGCUUGCAAGUAAAGGAUCCGCCCCACCGCAGGGCAGGGCUGCGCAGGGAGAGAACCGGGCAGUAGGAGUGGUUGGGGGUGUGUUCAGUCUGUAACACCCCAAACCGCAGCCAGGUCUGCCACACUUUCCUCCCCACCCCCAACAACCUCACACCAGCUUCUCCUUUCUGGGUGGGUGAGGGUAUUAUUCUAAUUUUGCAAAAUGCACAGCAGCUAAUUAAGUCAAGGAGCCUCUCGGCUUUCGAGUUCUUUUGCAUGUGAAUGGGGGUUGGUAAAUCCCUGGCUCUGGCGGGGGUGGGGGUGAGGGGGGACUGUCCCCAACUCAGGGUUAAUGAAGUGGGAAAGGAGUCUCUCAUAGCCUCCUGCAAACAAAACCCCCCAAGCAACAAACCCUGCCCAAAUCCUACAUGGAUUGACUUAAACCCAGGGGAUAAGUGCUUUAAAUUAAUCUCAUUGAAUAAGAAUGAGACCAAACAAAACUCUUUAAAAUCAUAUUAAAAAUCUAUCAAAGGACAACUUGCAGUGGUGUGCUUUUCAUUUUGUGAGAGUGGAGGAGGCAGGCAAGAGCAGCCACCCUCACAUUUACACAGCGCAGUGUAAACCACAGACACAUUCUCCACUAUGUAAUUGUCCUUGUACGGCAGAGGCGAUUUCAUAUCUUACAUUAAUGAAGAACAAGGCUUCCCUACAAGUUUAUAAUUACAAUAUUUUAAAUUGUCCUGCACAUCCCAUCUGUAAUAAUAACUUCACAACCUCUGCAGUGAGGUGGGCUUCCCAUCCAUUUAGAAGGCUAAAUUGGUUUUUCUGUUCCUAACCCUGGGGCUGGGUGAGCUCAUUUAAAACAGAGAAAAAAAAGAAAAAGAAUGACCAUGGACCCCCAGCAGACCAAACAAUGGAGGCUCUCCCAUCUACCCAUUCCCCUUCAAAAUCUGGACUCCACAGGGUGGGGUCAAAGACAUCCAAGAAACGGUUUGUUCUUCCUCCAGCUGGCCCUCAGCUGCAAGACUUCAGAGACCUGAGCUGCCUUUUCAAGGGGGCCCCACCACUCCCACAGCUCGGCUCUCAAUUUUUCCCAUGGUGGAGGGGAUUGAGAAAGUUUAAUGGUUACCCAGUAACUUUAGCAAGACCAGUUAAGCAUAUUUUUCCCAUCAGGGAGACUUCUCCCAGGAAAAGCCUUAAGUUUCUGUGUCUGGGAGUGGUGGUUGGAUUUUGAUGGCUUCUGCUGGCUGUGAAGUGCAGGGUGGACAUUUACUUUUCUCUUCCCUUUCACCCCUGGGAGUAAACAUUUCAAAGCAGCACACUGGCUAUCCAAAAUGUUCUUGUCUGGGCUACGCCAGGCCCUGGCAUCUGUGGGAGUGGAGAUGCAGGGGGCGCCUACAGAGGACUUUCUGCCCUUCCAGGCUCGAGACCCCGACUCUUCACAGAGAGCAGCUGGAAGGCUCUGGAUUCCAAAAACCAUUCCCACGGGGGACAAAGCUCUAGGCCAGAACAUUCCAGUCAAUGUCUAAAUUUUCUGAGACUUCAAUUUGGCAACCAGGAUGAUGUCAUAAAAAAUAGUAAGUCCGCAAAAUUAGAAAAGGUAUGAUUAAAAAUACAAAAUUAGAAACGUACGCUGGAGUUUGGCUACCACUGUGCCUGACUGACACUCAAUGUACAAGCUGUCAAGAUCCAUGAGAGGUUUAUUUUAAGGUUGUUUAAAUUUAGGUAAUAUCAACUCUAGAUCUGCUAAGUUCCCUGUUUCCUUACUAACUGGGUAAUAUAUUCAUUUUACUCAGCAGCAGAGCCACACACAGCAUCUCUGGCAAGAUACCCUCACUUAAAAGUUAGCACAUUGCACGUGUCUAAGCUUUAAUCUUAGAAUUAAGGUUGCUUACACUUCAGCAAGCUCUAGCACUUCUUCCCCAGGAACAGAGUGCUACAACUGGACCUUCAGCUCGGGGAAGAGCACAAGGCUUUCUACACGGCCAUUCCAGCACUAAUCCUGUCUCACACAGCUACAUAAUUUGAUCCCUUCUUUCCCACCAAAACCAUGUGAGCUAUUAUAAAUCAAAAGGGCAGCUUUGUCCAGUUUCACACAUGCUGCAGGUUUAAAUGAUCCAGAUUUCACAACAGUGCCUCUAGACAACCCACCCUCUGCACAGAUCUCUUCCUAGUGUAGGUGUUCAAGUGCCAUGCUUCCCUGAGACAGCCUGGGCCCCUCCACCUCCCAUCCUUCUGGCUGUCAGUCACAUGCAUCUGGGGCGGGCCUAACAAAGUACGUUGUGGUACUUGCCCCAGGGCCACCUUGGAGAGCCAAGGUGGGCCUGGCACACAGAGGAAAGCAGGGAACAGAACAGUGCAGGGACAGACUGGGCUGCACUUUAACCCUCUCUUGUGGGCCCCUCUGUGAUGUCCAAAUCUUACAUUUAUUGGGAAAUCAAUACGCUCCAGGGGUCCGCUUUCAAACCUCCCAGAAACACAAUGGUGGGGGUGGGUGCUUCUGGGUCUAGGUCACAACACAAAGACCCCGGACCUUUCUUCAAGACAAGACAGGCUGCGAUGGGAAAAAAAGCUCAGGCUCUGGUGCGUUUUGACUUCAAAGGCAAAUAAUAAAAAGGCAACAGUAAAUCAAUUAGCCCUGAAAAAGCGGAUUUUCUGCGGACAUGAAAGGGGUGGCAAAGCACACUGAUGCCAUGCCAUGUCCCUGUUUACUGAAGAAAAGCAGCAACCCGCCACCACCACAUGCACGAGCACACACAUACACACGUUGGGAUUUUUGACCCAGACCAGAAACCUUUCUUGGUCCUUCAUAACAUUCGGACAUUAAGAAAAUAGCUCUCUGACAAACGCUUUUUCUCCUUUUGCAUGAGUCCAGUUCGUUUCUAACAUCCCAUCUUACUACACUCGUGCCAAUACACGGGCAGUCCGCUGCGGCUGGCAGGCUUGCCAAAAGCCAAACCUUCCAGGCUGAUGCACAAGACAUUGUCCCUGUGUAUAAUCUGGUUAGAGACCCUGAUUGGUGGGUGACUGUCCCUGAUGGAGCAGAUGCAAUUCUCCUUUCUCAAAGGAAGGCUAGUCAAUGGCACCUGCGUGCUGGUCUCUGUCAGGGCUCUUGCUCUGACAGGAGAGAGGAUCUGUAAUUCCUGUGAGCCUGUAUUUGGGGAGGUGUCAAAACAGUUCUUUCCAGAAGCUUCACUGAUGAGAUCAUCAAUCCAGACCCACUGAGCCUCUUAAUCUUGGAUCCACCUGGAUCCAG